GCUCCCUUCCACAAAAGGCUUACUUAGGUGCAAGCAAGGCGUGCUACAAGCAUCUAAGGCCGCACGGUUGGCUUGGAAAGACUGAGGGUUGGUUCAGAAAUUCCAAGGCCGUGACAGUUGGUAUCAGAGCCAAGUUGCGAAGGCGUCGUGACUUGGGGACGGAAGGGCACUAUGUCGGGAGCAACUCACACGGAGGAGCACCACGGAGGGGAGAUUGCUACAAACUUGGGCAAAUGGGCAAUGCGGGUUAAGGAUAUGAAGCCAAGGGAUAACUGCUUCCUUUGCGAUGAGCUACAUUGGGCAAGGGAUUGUCCUAAGAGGAGGAGUCUCAUUGCAAAGCUGGAGGAGCAAGAAAGGGAAGAGCAGUCUUGCAUGGGAUCUCUGCAGCUGCUUGAAGCGAAGCCUACUGCAUCAACCCAAGGGGAUAAGGGUUUGAUGUACGUAGAGGGCAAGGUCGAUGGGGAGGCAACCCAAGUCAUGGUCGACACCGGGGCAUCGCACCACUUCAUCAAUGCGGAAGAGGCCAAGCGGGUUGAUCCGAACCUUGACGGGGGUCAAGGAUUGAUGAAGGUGGAAAACACCAAGGUAAAGUCCGUGGAGGGCAUGGCUCAAGGGGUUGAGUUGCACCUUGGUGAGUGGCGCAAAGAAGUCAAUGACCAUGGCGUGGUGUUGGAGAUCGAAUUACCGCGAGAGUUCAACAUGGCGAAGUUGCCUCGCAACAACACUUGGUGCAUUAUGGACAGGGGUCCUUACAUGGUGCCAACGGUGGACAAAGGAAAACCAAGAAGGCGCAAGUCAAGGAAAGAACCAGCGACUUCAAAGAAGGAGCCGCGACGAGGGCGUCGCGAGCAUAG